CGUAGAACUGCAGGUCUCUCAACUUCGAUGGGAGCGACCGCAUUCUUUCCAACGAAUUGCGGGUCCGCGGUCUCGAAGUCGUGGCGCUGCAGGAGGUGUGCUGGACGGGGAAGGACCACCGGGAGUACGGUGACUACACUAUGUAUUGGAGCGGCGGCAAUACACACGAGCUGGGGACAGCUUUUAUAGUGUUGGGCGAAAUGUCGAAGCGCGUGAUUGGUUGGUGGCCAGUCAACGACAGAAUGUGCCGGUUGAGAAUCAAGGGCCGAUUCUUCAACCUGAGCAUCAUCAACGUGCACAGCCCGCACAUGGGAAGCGACGCCGAUGACAAGGACGCUUUCUACGAGCUUCUUGACCGCGAGUACAGGAAGUGUCCAAAACACGACGUCAAGAUUGUCAUCGGCGACUUAAACGCUCAAGUCGGCCAGGAGGAGGAGUUUAGACCGGUUAUUGGGAGGUUCAGCGCCCACCAGCAGACGAACGAGAACGGCCUACUACUCAUCGACACGGAGACGCAAAUCGACCAUCCAGCGCAAAAGUCUCACGUCAUGCGACGGGGGUUACAUAAGAGCCGUCAGUACUGGUAA